AUGGAUAUUAGUGAUGAAGAAACACCACAGGUGAAACGGCCUGUUUUCAAGAAAAAAAAGGCCAAGGGCGGCCGGGCAGUGAAAAGGGUGUAUGAGGAGGAAACGGAAAAUGUCCAGAAACGGGUGAAUGUCGUGGAACAAAAGAGUAACUCCAGAACCAUGGAAAGGAUACAACGGUACCGUUCUUUGAAGAAAGACGAGAACGAGGAAGACUCAAUGAAGGACGAGAGUUCUCCUUUGGUACCAACACCAUCGGGCGAUGCCGGCUUGGCCUACACUGUUCUUCCAGACCCCGCCAAAACCUUCUCCUUGAAGGAGUCCCAUUUUCGGGAGAAACCCGUGGAAAUCAAAACGGAGUACGAAAAGGAGUACGAUGAUAUAAGCGAUGAUCAGAAACCCCAGGUUUUGAGCGACUCGGACCACGAAAUGGACGUUCCAAACGUGGAAUACACUACGGCUCCGCUGGCGGAUCCAGACCAGUACUUUACGGAAAUCGUGGAUGAUGUGGAGAUGGAGGAGGCACCUAGGGGCGAAUUUCCUGGUCUGGUUUCGGCGUAUUUGGCUGAAAUUGGUAGAAUUACGAAGGAUGCUCAGGAACAGGUGGAUAGUGCUAGAACGAAGGCUGAGGCUUCCAGGCUGCGAAUUGAGGCGAUGGAGGCCAAGAAGCAGGAGGUUUUGAGGGGUGCUGAAAGCGGGAGAGGUGUUUUUGGCACGGUGGCGGACUUUAUUCGUUCGUUGUACAGAAAUAGUGAGACCAAGGAGGUUGUGGAGAGGAAGGAUGAGAAGGACGAUAUUGAUGUGAUGCUGCUCUGGGCGUGA